AUGGACAGCCAUCCCCUCGAUUCGUGGGAGCGACCCCCAGACGACGAUCUUGGCGAUCGGGACGAGGCCCGACCGCGCAAACGCCGUCGCAAAUACAUCGCCAAAGCUUGUAAUGAAUGCAAGCGACGCAAAAUCAAAUGUAAUGGGCAGUCGCCCUGUCAGCGAUGCGGUCGCCAGCGCAUCGAGUGUGUGUACGAGGCGCCGCCACGACCAGAGAGCAGCGCAGAGAACCAUGAAACACUCGAUCGUCUCCUGACUCAAAUGACAGCCAUGCAGGAGCAAAUCACUACCCUCACCACAGCCGUGCACGCCUUGACGCAAAAUACCCUCGUCUCAACAGCAACAGCACUGCCGCGGUCGGACGUAGCAUCUCAGCGACCCUUCCGGCGGCACUCCUCCAUCAAAGAGAAAGAAUCUGUCUUUCAAGGCCCAACCACCUCCGCGUACAGUCUGGACCUAGCGAAAUCCAGCCUUCAGCGUCGCGGAAUCGUCGAAGAACAUCCCGAUGUCGCGGAUGCUGAAGACGGCGAUGUUGACGGCGACGAGGGCGAUACGGCCCCUUCUCAGGUGAUCCCCAUGGCUGUCGCUGCGUCGCCGCCACGCACGCGCCAUUAUCCGUCCGGUGAUCCACUGUGGACCAUCGGGAAGAGUGAAGCGUUGCGGCUGUGUCGCGUGUACGAGGAAGAAAUGGGAAUUAUGUACCCUGUGCUAGAGCUACCGCAGCUCCUGCAUCAGGUCGAGUUGUUGUAUGGGGCGGAGUCGUGGCCCCGGAUACCCGUUGCUCAGGGAAACGAAGAGCAGCUGGAUAGAACCGCUGUGCAUAUUCUGCGCCUGGUGUUUGCUUGUGCGCUUACAGCCGAGGCAGCGGGAAGCAGUGCCUUGGCGCUGAGCUUGUUCGAGAGUGUCCGAGAAGUGGCGGAUAACUUUGUCUGGGGAGUAGCGGGGAUCAAGAACAUCAUCUUCUUGACGUUGGUGGCCAUCUUCUACUUUCAAAUCGACGAAGAAACCCUCGCCUGGCGUACCAUCGGCAUCGUCGAGCGCAUGUGUCUCGAACGAGGCCUUCACCGCCGCGAAACCCUCAGCCAGCCAUCCAUAGCCAAGGCAGGCAAAGACCGCGUCCUCCGACUCUUCUGGUCGAUUUACAUUCUCGACAUCCGCUGGAGUUUUGGCACGGGCAUGCCCUUCUCCCUUGAGGACAGCGACAUUGACCCGUGGCUACCUGAGCCGGAGGAAAAGACGCCCUACCUGCGUGUCAUGAUUCGGUAUAGUCGGAUUGCAGCGAAAGUGUGGAAGUUUAUUUCAGCAUUCAACAACACCAAUGAGAUCAAGAAAGAAGAGAUGAAUUACCUCGAUUGGCAAGUCCAGCGGUGGAAGGCAGACGUUCCGCCCGUGUUGAGCAUUGACUCGGGUAACGUCCAGGAGGAGGAGCCACGGAGCUUGCGUCGCUUGCGGUCUCUGCUGUAUUUGAGGGCGAAUCAAUUGCGCAUGCUGAUCCAUCGUCCUGUGCUGCACUCGGCGGCACAUAUCGCCAAGUACCCUGCAGAGUCGCAGACCGUGGUAGAGUUAGCGAAGGAGUCGAUCCGAUUCAUCACGAAUCUGAACGAGACGACGGAUAUCUAUCGCUUGCAGCAGGUGACCUUUAAUUGGUUUCUGGUCUCUGCUGUCGCGGUGGUCUUUCUGGCUGUCACGCAGGCUCCUACCCACUUUAGCACCACUUGUAAGGAGGAGUUUUACAUGGCCCUGGAGCUGAUCAAGGGCUUUUCGACGAGGUCGUAUAUUUCGCAGCGGCUGUGGAAGUCCAUUCGCAGCUUGAGGAAGCUAGGUCCGCAGUUAAUGCAUCGGCCGGUGCAGAGUCAACAGGAGCCCGAGUGGAGAGGAGGCGCUGCAGUGCCAGCGGAGAGAGGGGACCUUGGCAACAUGGUGGAGGUCGCACCGAGCCAGUCAACAGGCACGCAGGAGCAGUCACCGCUGGACGGGGCGCAGAUGACACGCGAGCUAAUGGAGUGGUUCGAAGCGGUGGGGAAUCUGGAGACGCAGAUUAUGGGCAUGGCGCCCGAGGGAUUUGAUGCCGGAUGGCAGCGAUAUGACUAUGGGGAGGAGUUGUCGAGUGUGAUGAAGGAUUGUUUUUAA